ACUGUCAUGGCGGCGUCAUUACAGCAAUAUGAGCUUGUUUUUAGCAUUUAACGAACGUAUUAAAGAACUAGCACGUUUUUUACUAUGCACACUGAAAAGAAAAGAUCCAAGGAGGACACGUGGAAAGCAGCAGAUCUCAAAAGAUACAUUGCAGAAGGGAGCCACGAAGAUGGUAGACGAGGAGAUCGUGGGGAAUCUUUAGAGAAACACUAUAAGGAGUCCAGAAGGGAGAGAGAUAAACAUAGGGAGUACUAUACUGGAGGCAGAGUAGAUGCUGAUGAGAUGUACAGACAUGUUGAAAGAAGAAAAGAGGGCUCACAAGACAGGAGAGACGAUAGAGAAAGGAACCGAAUAGAGGAGAGGCUUAUGGAAAAGGAGAGGAGGAGAGAACGAGACACAGUAGAUAUGAACUCUGGUGAACACAUUAAAAAAACUGACAGGAGGAGGAGGGAUCGAGAGGAAACACAGGAAAGAGAGAGAGAUCGUCAACGCCAAAGAGAAAAGGAUAAGGUAAGAGACAAGUACACAGAUGAAGAGAGGGUGAGAAGGAGGCAGGAAAGAGAGAAAGAAGUAAGAAGAGAAGAAGGAGACCGGGAAUACAAACAUUACAGAGACCGACGUAGUCAUGAGAGUAUUGACAAAGGUGGGUCUGAAUACACUGAUAAAUAUAACAGGGAGCGAAGAGAACGGCAUAGAGAAAGAGAAAGACAGGGAGAGGAAUAUGGAAUCAGCAGGAGUGAAAAAGAGAGGAGAGAAAGGCAUGCAGAGAGAAAGCAGUCUGAACACAAAGAAGGAAAAGACUAUCAAGAUGAUCGUCGAAAAGACAAACAUGACAGAGAGAGAAGACACAAAGAACAAAGACAUCAUGAUGAGAAGCAGAAGCACCACAGUGAAUCCAGAGAGCAUCGAGAUCGGAAGAGAACAGAGGAAGAGGUCAGGCAUCACCGCAGUGACAGAGAGGCAGAAGGGGACAAACACACAGAGAGAAGACAUAAAGAGGAGAAAGACCCCAAGGAACACUUUAAAGAGAGAACACAAGAGAUGGACAAAGAAUUACAGCAAACCAACUCAAGCCACACACAGAAAGCUGAAGAAACAAAGAUUGUUAAUGAAAAAGAGACGGAACAGGAAUAUGAAGAUGACUUUGAGGAAUAUGAGGAUGAUUUUGAAGAAUUAGAUGAAAGUGAUAAUGAAGAUGGGGAGAAAGAAGAAUUAGUGGAACAUAAAGAAGAACUUUCACUAGAGAAAAGAGAAGAGAUAAAGGCCAUUCAGAGAGCUAUGGAUGAAGAAAACAAAAAGGUUGGAGCCCUUUCCAGACAGAAUACCACAGAAAUCAAAGAAGAAAGACCUAAAUGGUCCAGAGAAUCAGAGACAACCGAAAGUCAAACACCCCAACGUGGAAAAUUUAUGGAUUUUGUAGCAGCCAAACAACGAGAAGUAAACAAAAAGGUUGCCUCCAAACAAAAGAAACGCAGCGCAGAGUUACUCCGACUGAUUGAUUUGGAUUUCACUUUGACGUCUUCCCUCUUGGAUUUACCUCCAGUGAAUGAAUAUGAAAUGUACAUAAGAAGCUUUGGAACAGCAAAUACCAAGCAGGCUUAUGUUCAGUGUAAUGAAGAUAAUGCAGACCGAGAUAUCCAGACAGAGGAAAUAGAGCUGACAGAAAAAUGGACUCAGCAUCCUCCAGAGCACAGUGGAGCUUGUGGAGGUGAGAAUCUAUUUUUGUAUGAUUUUGAUUUCGGUAUUUAUAUAUUAUCGCUUUUUUCAGAUCCAAACAUUUCUCCUAAAACAAGAGACGGACCCCUCAACGAACUGAAUAUUGAUUCCAAACGGCUGACAACAUUUUUACAAUCUGCUUCACAGGUUUUGAUUGUCUUGUUAGAAGAAGAUGAAGCUGAGAGAAAUUCCCUCAGAAAGUUGAGGACUCAAACAGAUGAUCUAUCUUUCAGUGAUGGAGGUUUACAGCUCAAUACAAACUUACCUUUUCUUCAAGGUCAUCACAUAAGCCUGAUUCAUUUUUCUGAAGUCCAAAAACAUACCAUGAUAUCUGUUCAUACUUCAACAACUAAACCAAGUGCAGUGCUUUUAGGUAACCAUACUCUCAUCUGCAUAUGGAAUAUUUGGGAGCCAUCAAGACCACAGAAGAUUCUUUUGUAUGAAUCUGAGGUGCAGUGUUGUUGCUUUAGUCCUGGGAAGGCCACUCUAGUAUUUGCAGGUACCACAGUGGGCUCUGUGGUGCUGUGGGACCUGAGGGAACACACAAGCAACCAUUACCAAAUGACCAUUGGAGAUGAUGAGUGGACCUUCAGGCACCCUUCCUUUUCCACUGACGCAGUCAUGUCAGCCUCAGGACAUUUCUCAACUGUUAUGUCUGUCGAGGUGGUGCCCUCUGCUGUAGCAAGAGGGCAAAGGUCAGAGGUUUCCCUCUUAGCACCUAAGGAAGAAGCAACUGGAUUGUCAUUUCAACUGGCCUCUCUUGAUGAAAGUGGUAUUUUAAAUUUCUGGGUGGUGGUGGAACUUCCUAAAACUAAUGUGGCAGGCUCCCCAACUGAUUUAGGAUUGAGACCAGGGGGUAAAGUCAAGCUCCUUCACAGCUCCACUCUCUCAGUUGUUGACAGAAUGUUACACAGAGCAAAGAAGUCAGCACACCUGCAGAUGCUCCGGUUAAAAUUUCUCCCGACAGACUCAAAUCAUUUCUUCAUUGGCACUAAUAUGGGUACUGUCCAUCAUGGCACAAGUCAUGGUUUAAAAGCUUUGCCUAAGUUCUACAGAGAUCUGGAGGGCAAUGAGAAACCUGUUGAUAUCAACUCGAUUAGCUUUUCACCCUUCAGACAAGAUUUAUUCUUGGUGGGCUGUGGGGAUGGCUGCAUCAGGUUGCAUUCUGUUAGCCAAGAAAAGCCCUUGAUUGAGUGGAGGGAUGGCUGUGCAGGACAGUCAGUGGUCUCUGUGCAGUGGUCUCAAACCAGGCCUGCCGUUUUCAGUGUACUUGAUUCAGCUUCAAACAUCUACCUUUGGGAUCUGCUGAAAAAUGAGACAAAGCCUGUGAUCACUGAAGGGAUGGGAAAAGACAGAGUGACAGCCAUGGCUUUGUUUGGAGACUCAGAACAACGAAACACAUACUCAGGAGUAGCACUCGCACAUGAGUCAGGGAAAAUACAAAUACAGUAUUUCACAAGCAAUCUUACAGUGUCUAGUCUUUCAGAAGUAGAAAAGUUAACCAGUUUGAUAGAAGCUAUCUAAAAUAUGUGUUUACAAUAAUAUUGUAUAUGUUAAUGUUUGUCAGUUU